AUGGAAGCUCUGCGUUUGCUUUUUCUCUUCCUGCUUGGACCUACAGUGGCUUUGGCACUAACCCAUAAGCUGCCAAGCUUGAAGCCUGGACUCUCCUUCUCUGUUGAGAAAGAAGGGCAGUUGCUGGUUUCACCAGAAGGGUCGUUCUCUAGUGGGUUCUACAGGGUGGGCACCAACGUCUAUUGCUAUGCAAUCUGGUUCACUAAUUCUGCUGAAAAGACUGUGGUUUGGAUGGCCAACAGAGACCGGCCGGUUAACGGGAAAGGGUCCAGACUCACUCUCCACAGAAAAGGCAACCUGGUAUUGACUGAUGCGGAUGGUUCGAUCGUAUGGUCCACAGACACAUUCUCAGAUGGAGAGGUGGAAGUUCAGCUUCUUGAAACUGGAAAUUUGGUGCUCAUCAACCAGGCAAAGGAGGUCAUCUGGGAGAGUUUUGAUUUCCCCACUGACACUCUCCUUCCAACACAGCCGCUUACCAGAAACACAAGCCUGGUCUCUAUGAGGAGUCGAGAUACAUUUUCGUCUGGAUUUUAUAGGUUCCAAUUUGACGACAAUAACUUACUAAAUCUUGUUUAUGAUGGGCCUGUAGUUUCGAGUGUCUACUGGCCUUUAACCGUCUUCUUUAGCCGCAGAACACCCUAUAAUAGUACCAAAAUUGCAGCUCUAAACAACAUGGGAAGGUUCAGAUCCAGUGACAAUCUGAAGUUCAAUGCCUCUGACUAUGGGGUUGGUCCGAAAAGGCGGCUAACGUUAGAUUAUGAUGGAAUCCUGAGACUGUACAGCCUAGAUGAAUUGACAGGGAUAUGGGAAAUAGCAUGGUUGCCUAGUGGUGUGGAUGCUUGCCUGGUUCAUGGGUUGUGUGGCGAGUAUGGUGUUUGCAGGUACAAUCCACUGCCUUCUUGUGCUUGCCCUGAUGGUUUCGACCGCAACGAUCCCUCAGACUGGACUAAAGGCUGCUCCCCCUCCUUCAAUAUGAGUUGUGCUCCAGCUGAAUUGGGUUUCAUGGAGCUUCUCCACACAGAUUACUUUGGAUAUGACUUGAACAGCUACAAUAUUGGUAUCAGUUUGGAAGCAUGUAAGAAUGCCUGCUUGAAUGAUUGCACAUGCAAGGGUUUUGGAUAUGCACUGGAUGGACAAGGACAGUGUUACCCAAAAAGAUAUCUCCUUAAUGGAUAUCAUAUGGCCGACACCGCCAUGAUCAUGCACAUAAAGGUUCCAAAAGGAAUCAUGGCCUCUCAGGCCGGAGGAGAAAAGCUCAGAACCUAUGAUCAGCUCAACUGUUCUACCCCAGAAAUUGUUCUUCGCAAUAUAAAUGCUGGUGCGGAAAAUCCCAAUAAAAACUGGUAUAUGAAAUAUCUGAUUUCAUUCGCGGGUUCUGUUGCAGUCAUUGAAAUAGUUUUCAUUGGUUUAGGGUGGUGGUUUGUUUUCAGAAAGCGCAUUCGUGAGGAACUGGUGAAUAUGGGAUACAUAGUCCUAGCCAUGGGCUUCAAACACUUCACUUUUGGAGAACUGAAGAGGGCAACUAGGAACUUCAGAGAAGAGAUUGGAAGGGGGGGCUUUGGGACAGUCUACAAAGGGGUUCUAGAUGAUAAGAGAAUCGUUGCAGUCAAGAGACUGGAAGGGAUAAUUCUGCAGGGAGACUCAGAAUUCUGGGCGGAGGUGAGCAUCAUAGGGAAGAUCAAUCACAGGAACUUGGUGAAAAUGUGGGGCUUCUGCGCCGAGAAUGACCACAAGCUCCUGGUCUACGAGUACCUGGAGAAUGGUUCCUUGGAUAAAAUCCUAUUCUCAGCUGAUUCGGCAAUGAGAUUGGGCUGGGAGCAGAGAUAUAACAUAGCCAUAGGGACGGCAAAGGGUCUGUCUUAUUUACAUGAAGAGUGCCUGGAGUGGGUUCUCCACUGUGAUGUGAAACCUCAGAACAUACUACUAGAUGAUCAUCUAGAACCCAAGGUGACAGACUUUGGCCUGUCAAAGCUUUUUAAAGACACAAACGAUAUGGGGUUUUCCAGAGUGAGGGGCACUAGAGGGUACCUGGCUCCAGAGUGGAUGAUAAACCUAAGAAUCAACGCAAAGGCAGAUGUGUACAGCUAUGGAGUUGUCCUGCUGGAACUGCUGACCGGAAAGAGGGCUUCUGGCUUCAAUUUGGCUACCGCAGAAGGGAGUGGGCACAGCCAGAUGGUACAAUGGUUUAGGCUGAAGAUCCAAGAACAAGAGCUUGAAGAAGUGAUUGAUCCUAGACUGGAAAAGAGAUGCCACAAAAAGGAGGUUCAGAGAAUGGUAAGGGUUGCUUUGCUGUGUGUGGAAGACGAUCGAGAUACAAGGCCAGCCAUGAGUAAGGUGGUGGAGCUUCUAGUUGGAGAGGAGGAGUUGGUGCCAAAUGAGGAGAUGACGGAUUGA